AUGAUCACUGACGAAACCUUCCUCAGACCUCGACGCCGCGGUCAUAAGGAUGGCGGCCAUGGAGGCCAAGCCACUACGAUCAGCAGUGUCGUAAACCUGCUAAAUACAAUUGUUGGAGCUGGCACUCUUGCCAUGCCCUCAGUUAUGUCACAUAUGGGUAUCAUGUUGGGAGUGGUGCUGAUACUGUGGUCUGGAUUGACUGCCGCUUUCGGUCUUUACCUGCAAUCUCGAUGCGCUCGAUAUCUAGACCGAGGAACCUCUUCCUUCUUCGCCCUAUCGCAAAUCACCUAUCCCAACGCCGCCGUUAUAUUCGAUGCUGCGAUUGCAAUCAAGUGCUUCGGAGUUGGCGUGUCUUACAUGAUCAUCAUUGGAGACCUUAUGCCUGGUGUGGUAUUAGGCUUCCUUAGCAACGCUAAUAGUGCUCCGUAUCUGGUUGAUCGAAACUUUUGGAUCACCGCGUUUAUGCUUAUUAUCAUUCCUCUGAGCUUUUUGAGGAGGCUGGACUCACUAAAGUACACCAGCAUUGUUGCGCUGGUCUCCAUCGGAUAUCUAAUUGUCUUGGUGAUUUAUCACUUUGCAUCCGACAAGCACGCCGACCCUGGUAGCAUCAGAGUGAUCCAGUGGGGUGGAGCUAUCGAGACAUUGAGCGCUCUACCAGUCGUUGUGUUUGCAUAUACUUGCCAUCAGAACAUGUUCUCCAUUCUCAACGAACUCAAGGAUAACUCACCAUCGAGCAUUAUUGGAGUUGUUGGCACAAGCAUUGGCUCUGCUGCUUCAAUCUAUAUUGUUGUGGCCAUUACCGGUUACCUCACAUUUGGCAAUGCUGUUGUGGGAAACAUAGUCUCAAUGUAUCCCACUGGAGCUGCUUCAACAAUCGGAAAAGCUGCUAUUGUUGUACUGGUCACUUUCUCGGUUCCCUUGCAGGUUCACCCAUGCCGAGCUUCACUAGACGCCGUAUUGAAAUGGCGACCAAACCGCAACUCGUCGAACAACGGACGAACCGCAGCACCAUUACUCCCAGCAUCCCCGGCCGGCGAUCAUGGAAGCACUGCCCCGAUGUCUGACCUUCGGUUUGCUGUGAUUACUACUUUCAUUCUCACCUUCGCCUAUAUGACUGCUCUCUCAGUCACUAGUCUCGACCGUGUCCUGGCCUUCGUUGGCAGCACUGGGUCAACUUCUAUCAGCUUUAUUCUCCCGGGUCUUUUUUACUACAAGAUCAGUAACCCAGAUAGUAUACACCACCAACGACUGGCCAAGGAAGACGAUGAUAUGGAUGAUGACACACCUACCUCAGAUGUUGAGGAGUCCGCUGCACUCGCUCAGAGCACAACUAGUAUUCGCAGUGGCGUGAGCAUCGCUAGCAAUGCCAGCACCCGCAGUAACCGAAACUCGUGGCGUUGGAGACGAAAGUGGCGAUGGGAUCUCGAGCAUAUCGAACAUCACCAUCUGCGUAGACUCGCCCUCGCACUGGCGAUAUAUGGAUCCGUCGUCAUGACCGUGUGUCUUGUUCUGAACAUUUUCUUUGCUGUCACUCAUUGA